AUGGACUGUGAAACUCAUUUUAACGACAUAACAACAAGAACUCAAGGUCGUUUUGUUGUAUCGAUUCCAUUGAAAGCAAGUCCAAAAAUAUUAGGUGAAUCUUUAGGUCUAGCCAAAAGCAGAUUCAAAUCGCUUGAGCAAAAAUUCUCAAAAGAAUACCAAUUCUCAAGAAUGUACAAGAAUUUUAUCCUCGAAUAUGAAAAGCUCAAUCAUAUGCAAACCAUAGGAGAGGUAUCUGAAGUAAAUCUUGAGGAGGCCUAUUAUUUACCGCACCAUGGAAUUCUACGUAUGCAUAGCGCAACAACGAAAUUAAGGACAGUUUUUGACGCCUCGGCGCGAUCUACAAGUGGAGUUUCUUUUAAUGAACUUCAGCUAAAAGGACCGGUAAUUCAAGAUUAUUUAGUGUCAAUAUUAUUACGCUUUAGACAAUAUAAAUAUGUUGUUACCGCGGACAUUGAAAAAAUGUACCGUCUGGUCUUGGUGUCAAAAGAUCAGCAUAAAAUGCAAAUAAUUCUAUGGCGAGAUAACGAAAAUAAAGCACUAAGUGUCUGUGAACUUUCCACGGUAACUUAUGGUACUACAAGUGCACCAUUUUUAGCUAUUAGGUGUUUAGUAGAAUUAGGUAAACUUUGUGAAAGAGAAUUCCCGAUUAUUUCAAAUAUUAUUCUUCACGACUUCUAUGUCGAUGACCUUUUGACAGGUUUCGAUGAUAUUCACAUUGCAAAAGAAAGUUGUCUUAAAUUAUGUGAAGUUCUUGGAUCAGGCUGCUUUCCACUUCGAAAGUGGCGAUCAAACUUUCCGGACAUAAUGCAUGAUCUAAAAGAAGGUAAACUUGCUGAUUCUUCGGAAGGUCUAGUCAUUGGCGAAGAUGAUGUUGCAAAAACCCUAGGUAUAUCGUGGAUGAGUAAAACAGAUAAAUUAAUAUUUCAUAUUGAUGUUGAAAUGAAGGGUGAAUGUUUAUCAAGAGGCUCUUAUCCUAGUAGUUUGAAUAAUUCAAAUAUAUGGUGGCAGGGUCCAUAUUGGCUCCAAGAGAGCCCUGACCUUUGGCCAAAAGACAACAAGACGUCUAUUCCCCUUCCAGAAAUAAAAACUACUUUGGUGGCGGUGUCUGAAUUUAAAUUUCCAUUCGAAAGGUUUUCUAAUUUGAAUCGAUUGAGGAGGUGCAUGGCUUUCAUUUUAAGAUUUAUAAAAAAUUGCUCAAGUAAUAAAGAAAAUCGAUCGUUUGGUGUUUUUACAACAACAGAAUUAGAUAACUCUUUGAAGUUGCUUGUAAAACUAUCCCAAAUAUCUUCGUUCAAUAAGGAGUAUAAUGAUUUAAAAGCUGUGAAUGAAAUUGACAAAAAAAGUAAACUUUUAUCUUUAAACCCGUUUAUGGACACGAGCGGUAUACUUAGAGUUGGAGGUCGUUUGCAGAAUUCAAAUUUUCAAUUCAAUAAAAAACAUCCAAUGAUUUUGUCGUCGAAACACCAUUUCACGAAACUUUUUUUUGAACAAGAGCAUAAAAACUUAUUACAUGCAGAACCAUUACAAUUAUUAUAUAAUAUACGAGAAACGUAUUGGCCAGUUGCCGCUCGCAACCUAGCUAGAUCUAUUGUUCAUAAAUGUAUACAAUGUUAUAGAUUAAAACCAAAAUCAGUCCAACCUAUUAUGGGAAAUUUACCAAGUGGUAGAUUUUUAUCUGGUUUCCCCUUUCAAAUCACAGAUACAGAUUAUGCCGGACCUUUUCAUGUACUUAAUAAAAGGGGACGUGGCUCAAAAAUCAUGAAAGGUUAUGUUUGUCUGUUCAUAUGCUUGGCUACAAAAUCCAUUCAUCUUGAGUUUGUAAGUAGUCUUUCAACUGAAGAUUUCCUUUUGGCUCUGAAACGCUUUAUCAGUCGACGUGGAAAACCAUCUCAAAUUUAUUCAGACCACGGGACAAAUUUUAUUGGUGCAAAUAGAAACUUGAAAGCACUCUAUGAUUUUCUCACUCAAAAUGAAUGUUUAAUUAGUGAUUCUAUGAACAAUCAAGGCAUACGCUGGAACUUUAAUCCAGUCCAAGCUCCACAUUUUGGUGGAUUAUGGGAGGCUGGGGUUAAGGCAAUGAAAUAUCACUUGAAACGUGUUUCUGGUAAAUCUAACUUUACUGUUGAAGAGUUCACGACUUUGCUCUGCCAGAUAGAGGCCAUAUUAAACUCCCGUCCUCUUUGCCCGCUAUCUACUAACCCUCUAGAUCCUUCUCCUUUAACACCAGCUCACUUCAUCAUUGGUCGUCCACUAACUUCAAUUCUGGAGCCAGUUAUGAUUUUAGAAAAGGAAAGCAGGUUAUCCAGAUACCAAAAAAUCGAAAAUGCUCGGCAACACUUCUGGACGAGAUGGUAUAAGGAAUACAUUUCCGAACUUCAGCAACGAUCUAAAUGGAAGACGAACCAUGGCGAGUUGGCAGAAGGUAUAUUGGUACUUAUAAAGGAUGACAAACUUCCACCUCUUAACUGGAAAUUGGGGCGCGUAACAAAAUUAUUCCGGGGUAGUAUCAAUAUCUCGCGAGUUUCAGAAAUUCUCACCAACAAUGGAACUGUCAUCAGAGAUUUUUCCAAACUGUGCCCUUUGCCGUAA